GGUAGCUCCAGUAGGUGGGGUCACCUCACAUGAUAGAUGUGGAGGGAAAUAUCUUGGCAAUUGCGGUGACCACGCCAUAAACACACCCACCCUCUUCCUCUUGUGCGCAUCCCAUUAAUUCCCACACACACAUUGACGAGAGAGACGCGCGAGCUCCAGCAUCAAGCAUCAGCCAUGGCGGGCAUCGGGGCCAUGAUUGCGGCUGCACUUCUGAAGGAGGUGGUGCAGCAGAUUGGUUCGCUGGUGGGAGGUCGGAUCAAGCUGCAGCAGAGCUUGGACAAGGACCUCAAGGAGAUGAAGAUGACCCUCGAGUCCAUUGAGGCGCUCCUCAAGGACGCUGAGCACGCCAACACCAACAAUUCCAUGCGUUUGUGGCUCAGUCGUCUCAGGGACGCCAUGUAUGGCAUCGCCGACAUGAUUGAUGAUUUUGAAGCAGGGACUGAGGCUGACCAAACACGCAAGUUCUCCAUCAAGAAGCUCUGCAAGAUGGGCCCCAAGUUCACAUUAGCUAAUAAGAUGAAGAUGAUGAGAGAGGAACUGCAGGGGAUCACACAUCAGUAUCGGGAAUUCAUGUUAGUGCCGGGCACUAAUGCUGAUGAGCUGAAAUUCAUACAAAUGCGAGAAACAUAUUCAACCAUUGAGGAUUCAAUCAUUGGGAGGACCGAAGAGGAAAAUAAAAUAUGGGUUUCUUUAUCUGAGAACACAGUCCAAGACCUCGUUGUCCUUGCUAUGCACGGCAUUGGAGGCCUUGGCAAGACGACCUUGGCGAAAAUGAUUUACAAUAAUAAUACAAAAUUUGAAGAAUACGUCCGUGUGUGGAUUUAUGUGUCCGAGACAUUUGAUUUGAACAAAAUUGGCAAUUCUUUAAUAAGUCAACUGUCACAGAAUGAGAGUACCUACACUGAAACGCAGAUGAUACACAGAUCACUUGCACAGCUACUCGCCAAUAAGAAGAUUCUGAUUGUCCUAGAUGAUUUGUGGGCAGAGGAUGAUUCCCAGUUGGAUAGUCUGGUUGCAAUGCUUAAGGUUGGCAAGGGUAGUAAGGUGGUUGUUAUAGCAACCACACGCAAUGAGGAGAUUGCAAGGAAAAUUUCGACCAUUCCCUCACAUGAGCUAGCAUCACUAACAGAUGAGAUGUGCUGGACCAUAAUUAAGCAAAAGAGUGGCUUUGAAUCUAGAGAUGAUAAAGAACAGUUAAAGGAUAUAGGGGAAGCCAUUGCAGCGAAGUGUGGAGGUGUGGCUUUAGCUGCUCAAUCAAUUGGACCCAUUUUGGAAACUAUGCCCUAUAAUCAAUGGAAGAAAGUGAGAGACAGUGAUAUCUGGAAAGUAUCUCCUUCUUCUUCAGAUCCGAAAGAUAAAGCUGCAACACGGGUGCUUGCAUCCUUGAAGUUAAGCUAUACUUUUAUGCCUCCGUACUUGAAGCUCUGCUUUGCCUAUUUGGCAAUCUUUCCAAAAGGAUGCAAUAUAUAUAAAGGUGAUCUAAUUCAUCAGUGGAUUUCUCUUUCCUUUAUUGGGGCAACACCAACAUUCACCGCUUGGGAGCUCGGCGAGAUGUACAUUACUCAGCUUUUGAAACUUUCCUUCCUUGAACAUUCGAAGACUGCAAGAUUCCACUAUGGCCGUGCCGAUGUUACAGCGUUCACCAUGCACGACUUGGUGCAUGAUCUGGCAAGGUCGGUGAUGGAGGACGAAAUUCUUCUUGAUGGGAACAUUGGUGGAAACCGCUGCCACUAUGCACUGCUCAAUGAUUGUAGCAAAACCCUAUUGGAGUCACGGAGGAUAAGGGCACUCCGUUUUAUGGGCUCGGCUAUAAUUCGACUUGAUGAUGAUGCAUUUGCCUCUGCUAAAUCCCUGCGUGUCCUGGACUUGAGCGAGUGCUCCAUCCAUACAUUGCCAGAUUCAAUUGGCCAAUUAAAGCAGUUGAGGUAUCUUAAUGCUCCAAGAGUACAAAAUGAAGUUAUUCCGGAUAGUAUCACCAGGCUGUCAAAAUUACUUUAUCUCAGUCUUCGAGGAUCUUCUCUAUCUGCACUGCCAGAGUCAAUCGGAGAAAUGGAAGGUCUGAUGAAUCUUGAUUUGUCACACUGUGCGGGAAUUAAAGAACUGCCAGAAUCAUUCGGGAAGCUAAAAAAGUUAGUGCAUCUUGAUUUGUCACACUGUCAGGGAAUUAAAGAACUGCCAGAAUCAUUCGGGAAGCUAAAAAAUUUGGUGCAUCUUGAUUUGUCAGAAUGCUCUGCCUUGGAAAAUAUAUCAAAAUUUAUGUGGACCUUCACGGAUCUGCAAUAUCUUGAUUUGUCAGGCUGUGAGCAAAUUAAAGAACUGCCAGAAUCAUUCGGGAAGCUAAAAAAAUUGGUGCAUCUUGAUUUGGAAAAUUGCUCUGCUUUGGAAAAUAUAUCAAAGUUUAUGUGGAGCUUCACGGACCUCCAAUAUCUGAACUUAUCAGGAUGUUGCCGUAUUGGAUCGCUACCAGAAUCUCUAGAUGGCCUUACCAGUCUACAAUACUUAAAUCUGGAGGGAUGCUUUGAAGAAGGUGAGAAUGACAGUUUGAUGGACCGUCUUAGUGCCAUAUCCAACCUGGAGCAUUUGGACUUGUCCUGUAAUGAUGGUAUUACUUGUCUACCCAAAAGUUUUUGUAACCUGAGAAAGCUGCACACACUGGACAUCUCGUACUGCAGAAAGAUUCAGAAGAUACCGGAAAGUAUGGGUAGAAUUGAUGGUUUGAAGACACUCUAUUUAGAGUGCUGCGAUGCUCUUGUUGAAAAGCCUUUACCUCAUCCCAGUACCAGUUUCGUAUCAUUACCACGUUUUGAGGUGCGCGUCGGAGAUGGUGAAUCGAGCAGCAAUCUUGUCUGCUUACAGGGCACGAAUCCUAGGAACCUGGAGAUAGUCGGGCUUGAAAAUGUGAAGUCCGCAGAAGAGGCUCAGAGUAUAAAGCUGAUGGAAAAAAACAUUCUCAAAACAUUGAAAUUGUGGUGGGCCGAAGGUGCUGAGAGGUUUGUGGAUGAUAAAGUCUUGUUGGAGAAACUAGUGCCACCCAAAAGUGUAACCGACUUGGAGAUAAUUGGUUAUAACGGCAUCAGCUUGCCAACAUGGGUCAUCCAACAUGAUUGGGUGACACUAACCCGUAUGGAACAUCUAGAAGAGUUGAGUGUGUCAGACUCCAAUGGCACGCCUUUUAGAUUGAGGAUAAAUAAUUGCCCCAAGUUGAGGAUGGGGCCACUUGUUCCUAGAAAAGUUGAUUGGUUGGAAAUAAGCAGGAGUGAUAAUGUGCUGUCAUCAUGGGGAGAGGGUACCGGUGCUUCCUCUUCCUCUUCCUCUUCAGCAGGAGUAUUAACUACUACCACAGCUUUUCUGACAGUUGGAUACAGUGAGCUGCCCAUGCAGCAGUGGAGACUGCUUCGCCACAUCUCCGGCCUCGAAUAUUUAGUGAUCACGGACUGUUGUGCUGACCUGACCGUCUCCCCUGACAUCAUCCCACAUCUGACAUCUGUUAGCCGUCUGAUGAUAAUCGCAUGCAACAUCUCAUCAUUGCCGCAUUGGGUCAUGGACUUAACCGGUCUCGAGGAGCUUUCGAUCUUAUAUUGUGAAGGCAUCAGGUCUUUGCCGGAGGGCAUACAACAACUCACCAAGCUUGAAACACUUUACAUUACCGAAUGCCCUGAUUUGAAGAAGUGGUGCGAAUCAGAGGAAAACAAGAUGAAGCUCGCUCACAUAAAAAACAAGGUACUUGUCCUGUUCCAGUCCGGACAAGAAAGGGCUGGAUCAAUUACGGGAGUUAAGGUGUGUCAGGGUGCACCGGAGGUAUCCCACUUAUUCUUCGCUGGUGACUCAGUUUUACCACUGAAAGCAAAUCAACAGGAGGCAAUGGCCUUAAGGGAGGUCCUGGACCUGUAUGAGAGCUGUUCUGGACAGAGUAUCAACCUUGAAAAAUCAGCAAUCAUGUUCAGUCCAAACAAGGAUGAGGCUAGCAGAAAGUGCAUCCAGUUUUAA